UCUGUCCCUUCCCUCCGCCCCUCCCAGCUGUGCCACUGCAUCCCUCCUGCUCCAGGGUCUCGGGAUGAGUGAGCUGGGCUGCCUCUAGAGCUUGGAAAAUAUUCUCCUACUGCCAAAAUGCUGCAGCUCUGCUGAUUCCACUGUGGAGCUGAGCUGUCUCAAGACAGUGAAAUAAUUGGUGGUAAAAACAUCCUCUCCUGCAUUUUAUUUUCCCCAACAUGAUCUUUCUCAUGGAAAAGUCUCAGAACAAUCCAUGUGGCAAAACCAGGAGGCAGUGCAGAGGGUGGGAAAGAAGGGAUGGUGGGGAGUAUGUUUUGCUGCUGAGGCUUCCCCUUGGUCACUGUCCCUUUGGCUGCAUUGCUGUCCUAUCUCAACACCUGAUUUAGGCUUUUAUGGGUCAUUUCCACUUUGAUCUGGGCUCUGGUUUCAUUCUGUGCUCUCUCCCUCGGGGGAGGGAUUGUAGGUGGGAGAUCCCCACACAGCAAUCCACUCCACCCUCUGCUCCCCAGGCUGGGAAAUACCAGAAGGAGCACCUGAAACGCUUCUCUCCAGAUGUUUUGGAGUCAGGAACUGCCCCAGAGGCUGCCCAGUCCACUCCUGCGUGCCCCAGCCUGGCUCAGAGCACCCGCAGUGUCCUCACACAGACCCCAGGGUCACCCCUGGGCUCCUGUGACACCUGCUCCAGCGCCCAGGCCAGCCUCCACGAGGUGGGCAGAGCCAUCACCAGCAUCUGCCAGAGCCAGAACAUCCCUUCAGCUCUCAGCAAAUUCCAGGAGGCGCUGGAGGACAGCUCAGGGAGAAGGAACCUCUCUGCAACAGACGUGAGCUACUGGGCCUCGGAGCAGAGCAAGGACCUCUCCCGGAUCAACAAACACCUCCAGGGGCUGCUGCAGCAGCUGAACCCUGUGAAGGCUGAGCUGGAAGAGAUGGGCAGACAGAAGGACAAGCUGCAGAAACAGGUUGAGGACUUUUCCAGGAAGCUGUGGGCAGAGAAGGCCACCCAAGCAGAGCAGCAGAAGAAGGCUGAGCAGGGCCUGAAAGCCAAGGAAAAGGAGCAUUCCGAGGCUGUGGCCAGGCUGGAGCAGGACAAGGAUGAUCUCCGGAGAGGAGCUGCUCUGCUGGAGGAGCAACUGCGGGCCCUGAAGGAGGAGCUGGCAGCGAAGCAGGUGGCUGUGCAGGAGCUGGAGCUCUCCAAGACCACCUUGCUGGAGGAGAUGAGGACCACAAUGGUGGCCCGGAGCCGGGUGCUGGAGUUGGAGGAGAAGGUGCAGGUGCUCACAGGCCAGAGGGACAGCCUGGAGCAGGAGCUGAGUGCCACCAGCAUGCAGCUGGAGAAGGAGAAGGUCCGUGUGGAGAGCAUGUUCCGGCACGAGGAGUCCCUGCAGGCCAAGCAGAGGACCCUGCUGCAGCAGCUGGACAGCCUGGACCGGGAGCGUGAGGAGCUGCAGGCCAGCCUGGGAGAGGCCGAGGAGGACAAGGCCCGGCUGGCUGAGCAGCUGCAGCGGAGCCAGGAGCAGAGUGGGAAACAGCUCCAGGCACAGCAGGAGCUGCUGGACACGCUGCAGCAGGAGAAGCUGGCACUGGAGCAAUCCAUCCUGGAGCUGCAGGCAAACACAUCCCGGCUGGAGGAAGAGGCACAGGAGCUGAGGAAGCGGGAAAGGCUCCUGGUGUUGUUCCCUGAUCUCCACGUCCCCACUGAGACGCAGUUUGAGAGCAGUGGGAACUUUACAGAGGACAUGGAGAGUCAGCUCCAGGCCAACAAGAUCCGGAUCCAGGUGCUGGAGCAGGAGAACACACGGCUUGAGACUCUGCUCACCAAGGUGAAGGCAGCAGCUGAGCAGGGCGUGCUCAAGCUCGUCCCACAGGCCCAGCUGGGGUCCCAGCUCCACAGGGAAGCCAGCAGGCAGGACAUUGGGCGGCUCAGCAGCGGGAGCAGCAGGGACAGCACAGGGAUGCCAGGAUGCAUUGACAAGGCCUGGCAUAGAGCCCCCAGCAGCCAGCACUCCAGGAAACUCCGGGCAGAGCUCACGUCCCAGGCCAAACCCUGCCUAACUCUCCCAGUGCAACGCCUGGGGCUUGGCCUCCACUCACACCACACCGCAGCUCACCGCAAAUAAACACGGAUCAGUCCGAA